CUACAAUUUUAUAACAAAUUUUAUUUUCAUAAUUAUCUGAUAGAUUGGACCAGGAAUAUAAAAGUCUUUAAGAAUUUUUAAAUUUAAAUAAUUAUGUUGAAAUCACAUCGUUAAGAGGGGAAGGAAAUAAUAAAUUGAUAUGAGUUAUUAGGAAACUUCACAAAUGAAAUAAGUAUAAAAGAGUUGUAAAUAUAUACAAAUAAGUCAUAAAUUUUUCAAUUGCUAUAAAAUCAAUACAUUCUUAAAAAUUUUAAAACAAACAAGUUUUAAUUCGCUGAUUAAUAAGAAUUGAUUCUAAAUUUGUAAAUAAGAAAUGCGUAACUCUACAAAAGUAGAAGCACUUAUUGAAAGUUGUAGAAGUGAAGGCAAGUGGCAAAAAGUGAUUGAUUUGUCAGAGGAAUUGAAAACAGGAUCUCCAAACAAUGAAUGUUUGGCUACCUUCCUGGUGGGUGAAGCGCGUUUAGAAGGCUUUCUAGAGGAAAGUCCACCUAUUGAAAGUAAUUUUGUUAAGGCACGUUCAGGUCUUCAAGAGGCCAAACGUUGUCUUUCAUUAGUCACUAGAGAAAAUGGGCAGAAGGCUGGCAUAGCAUUAGAUGCAUAUUUAUUAUUAGCCAAAUUAUGUUAUGCGUGCGGAGAAUAUGAGAAAAGCUUAGAAAAUUUUGUAAAAGCCGAACUAAACACUUUAGCUGAAAAGGAAUUAACUUUACGUAGUUUAAGAAUUUUGGCAGAAUCAUACGCCAUAAAAGGACUUUGUUUGGAGAAUCAAACUGCAAAGCCUUCAUCUAAGUUUAAGAAAGCUGAAAAGGAAUCUGAAAUGAUUACUUGUUUUGAACGUUCUACGGAUUUGGGAUUGCUAUAUUUACAAGAGCAAGAUGUCGCCCAUUACUCAGCCACGACCAACAACACGGGCGGCUCUACUUUAACCAUUAACACCAAUGUGCAACAAUCCUUCAGCAAUUUGACAAUUAGCUCUAGUGCUCCGGCUACUCCUCUCGAAUUAAACAGACGCAUGGGUACAAUAUUAGAAACUGCCUUGCAACGAGCUCCUAUUGUUCUUAUAAAAGCAGGAAAACUGCAAGAAGCCAUCAAUCGCUAUCGAACUAUGUUAAAUGCCAUCGAGACAAAAACCACUCAAUCAUUACGAUUGACUUUAGCCCGACAGUUGGCUGAGGUCCUUCUCAGAGGUGUUUCAGGAACUAUUUACAGCCCCCCUACUCAGAAAAAACAAAGCAGUGGUCUGUGGAAGCCAAGAAAAUACGCCGCGCAUAAUCAGUUUAUACCGCGUAAUCAACAAGAAGAAACUAUUUUAUUGCUAUUGAUAGCCGAAGCUUUAGCAGUCAAAGAUACUGUACUCUCCCAAAGUCCUGAAUUUCGGCUGGCUCGGACUCAUGCAAUGGGUAAUGCGACCGCAGUUUACGAUUUGCUUACGUUAGCUACGGUACGAUGGGGACUUAUACAGCUUCUAAACGAGUCUUUCGAAAAAGCCCUUAAAUUUUCAUUUGGAGAGCAACACGUGUGGAGACAAUAUGGAAUAUCUUUAAUGGCGGCUGGUAAACAUAUGCAUGCAUUAAGAGUCUUACAAGAAUCGAUAAAAUUAAAUCACAAUGAUCCCUUACCAUGCUUGUUGGCUUCCAAAUUAUGUUAUGAGUCUUUGGGUUUGAUUAAGGAAGGUCUUGAAUACGCCCAGCUGGCUAUGAAAAGAGAGAGUAAAAAUAUUAGAAAUACGCGCAGCCAAUUGUAUGUUGGCAUUGGCUACCAACAACUUGCAAUACAAUCCAUAUUGAAAGCGGAACGGGAAAAUUAUAAUAAACUGGCACUAGAUGCCCUUGAAAAAUCCGCGCAACUAGACAGCAAUGAUCAUUUAUGUGAAUACUAUCUUUCUUUGCAAUAUGCUCUGCUAAAUAAUAUGUCGGAAGCUCUAGCACAUAUACGAUUUGCUUUAUCCCUGCGCACCGAACAUGCGCCAAGUCUACAUUUAUUUGCUUUGCUUUUAACAGGUUCACGUCGUCCACGUGAAGCCCUGACAGUUGUAGAAGACGCUCUUGAGGAAUUUCCGGAUAAUUUAAAUUUAUUGCACAUUAAAGCUCAUCUUCAAUUACAUUUACAAGACGCUGAAAUUGCUUUAGUUACGGUGCAACGUAUGUUGGCAAUCUGGCGCGAAUUAUAUGAGGGUCAGGUCGCCGUUGAAGAUGAAAAACAAUCGGAUACAAAAAGUGUGAUUCUACACGUACCGUCUUCGCAAAUGUCAGAUAAGGAUUCAAAUUCUGUUUAUGCGGCUUCUCUGGCGGCAGUGUCACGUGUGGAACAAGCUCUCAGCGAAGCGGCAAGUUCUUUAAGUUCUUUUACCCCACGGCCUGGCCCACAAAGGCCCUGGAUGAUACAAAUUAAGAUUUGGUUGCUAUUAGCUGACGUUUAUUUAAAUAUAGAACAACCUGUGGAAGCUAUGAAUUGUAUAAAUGAAGCCUCACAAAUAUAUCCCUUGUCGCAUCAAAUAAUGUAUAUGAGAGGCCAAGUAUGCGCUUCAAUGGAACAAUGGCACGAAGCAAAGCAGUAUUUUCUGAAUGCGACAGCAGCCAAUCCAAAUCAUACGGAUGCCUUGCGAGCUUUAGGAGAAACUCAUAAUAUGCUGGGCGAACCCCGCCUAGCUGAGAAAUUAUUAAAAGAUGCGGCCAAACUUGAUCCAAAUUGUCCUAGAAUAUGGUUUUCAUUGGGUAAAGUUUUGGAAACUUUGAGAGAAUACACGGCUUCUGCGAAUUGCAUGGCUACAGCUCUACAAUUGGAACCGACCUGUCCUACACUUCCAUUUACUUCCAUAGCUCUAACUUUUGAUUAAUUAAAAAAAAAAUUUUUUUCUUGCCUGUUUUUGUUAUCUUUCAUAUAUUUAAACCAUUCUUGAUUAACUUGUUAUAUGUAUGAGUAUAUAAACGAUAGUUGUUAAAUAAAAUGUGAAUAGUGUUAAAUCUAUAGCAAUAACGU